UGAAAAAACAUGCCUUUUUAUGGCUAGAUAGUACUAUUUAAUAUCAAUUUUCGCCAUGUUUACAAAACUGAGUCGCGAAGAGGCGCGCAAGAUUCUAGGCAGUGUUGACUUGCCAGGUAACUUUCAGCGAUUACAUUGUUUGUGAAGUGACUUCUUGCAUUGUUGUUAGUUGCUGCUAUCAAGUUUAUUUAUUAAUAAGGAGACUUUGUUUCUUUUAAAUAUUUUAAAAUGAAUUUGAGUUUAAAGCCGGAGUGUCUAAAAAGCACAACAUUUCGACCCGAUUUUUCGGAAAUGGAAUUGGAGAAAAAGAAGCUUACAUAUAUACAGGGCUUCUGCAUUGUCAGAUUUGUUACAGACAAAGCGUCGAGAACCAAAUUUACUGGCGAAGUAACUUUCUUUCACACUUGGUAUUCCUACUAACUCAUUGCAGGAUCUACAGCAACGAAUUUAAAACUUGCUCUCGCCACAAAAGCCGACAGACAGGUAAGUUUUGCAUGGAAUUGAAAUAAAAGUUUUUUAACUUAAAAUAAAAUGUAAAAUUACAAGUUAUACUUAUCUUGAUUGAAACCUAAAACUGGACAAGAUAUCAAUGGACAAUAACGAGGAAAUUGGGAAGAGGGUGCUGGUAGUUAAGAAAAUUGUUUGCUAAGUCAUGUUUGUAACUUUGAAUAGUCUUUCCUUCCAUCUACUUGCAUGGACAGCUUAAAAAGUUAUAUGUAGCUGUGACUCAUCCAUAAUUAAGACAGUCACUGUCUGUCUGUUGUUAUAUGCAGGGACAUAUGGUUUUCCUAGGGGUAUGCCAAUUUUCUAAAUUCACCCUUACCCAUAUGUUCCCAGUAAGUUUUUCCAUUUUCCUUUAGUUGAUAUAUUUCAUAUUAUUUGGCUUUUCUUAUUAGUAUGGGGAUAUUAUACAUAUGAAUAGAUGAAAAAGAACUAGGUGGUAAUGCAUCGGUGAAUUUCAGAAGCACCCAUUCCCCUGGGCAACUGUGGGGCAUUUGCCUGCCUUGUAAGUCCUUAGAUGGUGCAGUAGCAAUUUUUUCGGAACCCCAGGGAUUGGGGAUUUGCCAACCCCGGGGCCAUUCCCAGGUUUUCACAUGCACAUGAUUCCCAACUUGAAAUCCAAACAUAGCUAAAAAUGGAGGAAUUUAUAGGAAAAGACUCGCAGGUUGGUGCAUUUGUCAAAGACUAGAAAAAUGCUAUUGUUUAUUGGUAUUUUUUCUGGAUUUUCUGCAUUUCUUUAUCGCUUAUUAAAGCUAGAGUUGUUACAGCAACAUCACAAGCCAUCACUGUACGAGUCAAUUUAUAGAGUGUUUCUGGGUGUUAUAAAACAACUUUUGCUUUGUGGUGUGGGUAUAUAUUAUGCAGUGUCUUGAGAUAUAUCAUUUGGUGAUCGCACUCAUCCACAACACAAAGAAACUACUGAAGUUUUUUUGUUUUUAAAUCAGUCUAGGGUUGAUCAAGGAUUUGAACAAAAUAUGUUUGCCACAAAUAUUCAGAAUGGCUGACUUAACAGUUGACCCUUUAAUUACAAUUAGUUUUACUAAUCAGUUAUUUUAAACAAGAUAAACAACAAUUGUAAUGAAGAGAGAAUCACGAACAGCAUUUAUGUUGUUGUUGAUGUCUUUAUUGACAUGGUUAGUGCUAUAACAAACAGUUUAAGAAAGGAGCGACAGACCUACAGAAAUGAAAAAUUGCACUUUAAGAAUGCUGAAAGUGGUACUUCUCUACUCUGCAGUGAAUGACAACUGCUGUUAGUAGUACAGUGAUUGCGGAAGCUUCUGGGUGGGGCAUUUGCCUUUCUAUUUUUGUCCCCGCCAUGGGGUAUUAGGCUGUUUUAAUGUCCCUGCCCUCAGGAUCUAGUAAUUUGCCAUCCAGGAAGAAAAAUUAUUUGCAUUUGCAAAAAGAGGGUCUUGAAAGUUGUUAUCGUGUUGUUAUGAAAAAUCAAGGAAUUUUCUCCUCCAAAGUUUGGCUUUCUCUUUUUAUGGUCCUACAGGAGUUAAUUGCCUCAAGGAGAGAUGAGCAGGAAGCAAGAAUUGCUGCAGUAACUGAAAUUCAACGUGUUUGGAGAGGGUACUUCACACGGUAAAUAUACUUACUUAAGAGCUAAACAUGUAGCAUUAAGAUGUGACCGGUAAUGUUUUACUUUUUUAUGUUCUAAAACAGGAAUGCUUGUUAAAGUUAUUAAGAUUAAUCAGCUCCUUGUGGACAUUGACUGAUCUCAUGUUUAAUUUAUCAUCAUAGUAACAAUAUUCAUCAUAACAAUAAUCUUUAUCAUUACAGAUGUAAGUUGUUUGGAAUUCUUCAUCCAAAUGCAAGCGUCAUGUCUACAGCUCUUGGCAGUAGAUUCAUUCAAACUCCAUCACGGCUUAGUGAUGUAAGGACGAUUACACCAAUAGUUCCCCACUCUACUCCACAGCCCUCAUCAAAGGUAAGGCUUGUGGUAGCUGUUGUUGAUUUUUGUUCAUUUUUCCCUCACCACUCCUUUUUCUGAUAGCCAUCAUUUUCCUUUCAUCAACUUCUAUUCCUCCACAGCCCACUGAGAUUGUUUUUCACUGAGCCAUUUAUUUACGUAUUUAACCACCGCCUGGUUAGUUCAGUUUGAUAAGCGCCAGUCUGCCAAGCAGGAGGCCGCUGGUUCAAGCCCUAGCUGGACCAACACUCAGGGUCUUUAAAUGACUGAGGAGAAAGUGCUCCCUUUGUAAAGACAUCUGCAAAUGGUUAAACUUUCUAGUCUUCUCGGAUAAGGACGAUAAACUGUAGGCCCUGUCUCACAACCCUUGUAUAUAUAAAUUCUGUGGGACGUUAAAGAACCCACACACUGUUCAUAAAGAGUAGGGGACGUAGUCCCCGGUGUGGUGGUCUAUCUCUCAUGGGGGAAGGGACUGUUACAGGCCCGCAGUAAUUGGCGUCAUGCUGUUGCGGUUACCCUGCCAAUAAUUGGCGAAUCUAACAAAAUAAAAUAAAAGAUGUUUUCAUCCUCUGUUUUCUAUGAGGUUUUGUUUGUUCUUGAUGUAUGAAAAGAAAAGAUAAACAGUCAAACAACAACAGCAAAUAAAAUUAACACCCAAGGAUUUAAAUGAUAAUAGGACAAUGUUUGUUGUUGAAACAAAAGUCACAUGCAAAAAUUCAGAAACAGAAUAACAUUUACAUGCUGCACACAAUGCAAACAGAAUAAACAGUCAUGAUAUUGCUUACGUUUGUGUUUAGUACUAAGGAUAUAAUAAUUUGAAAUGUAUUUAACCAUGGCUUAUGGUAUUGUUCUCAAAACACUACAGGGACGUUCAGUGCCUGCUAAUGCCUUGCCUAGAACAAAGAAGAGGUAUAAAGAGUACUGUCAGCGUGUGGUUGCAGAACAAGGACCAUCAUGUAAGCUGAUGACGUACACAGAAUUCUGUGCUCUACUUAUACAAGAAUGGUGGCGUUCAGUAUUAUUAAAGCCAGACAUGCCCAGACCUCCUCCACCAACUACAGAUGGGGGAGUCUCAGUAACAGGAGCUAUGAGUGAGCGUGUGGACACAGCUGGAACUGAGGGGUCUGAAAAAAGACAAAUCAUUAACAGAGAAGAAGCAGCAAAGAUUAUUCAGAGAUCUUGGAGACAACAUAUUGUAAGACUAUAAAAAUUUAUUUGGACUAAUUUUUAGUGUGGACUCAUUAGUAUCUUUCUGUUGUACCUUGAAAAUUGCUUUCUGCCUCAAUCCUCCAGGGUCUGUCUGCUCAGACAAAUUUAAAAUGGCAAUUAUUGCUAACCCUGGAUUAACUUUUAAUCUAGGUUCCUUUUUCUCAUGUUAAAGUUAGUUGUUUUAGAGAAUCUGGGAACAUACAACUCUAGGCUUAAAAAAUUUAUAAUAAUUUAUCUAAAAGUGAGAGUGAAAAUAAAUCUUGCCAUAUUAACAUCGACUAGGAGUGAAAGGGGUUUAAGGUAUAGAGGAACCUUGAUUUAAUGAACCUCUACAAAACAAAGUCCUCAGUAUAACGAACGAUAUUGAUCCUAGCCCCAUAGUAAAAUAUAUGAAAAAGAUUUACCUCAAUAAAAUAAAACUUCGUUAUAGCAAACAUAUUUUGUCAGUCCCUUGGCCCUUUGUUCUGUUGAGGUUCCACUGUAGCUUACGGCCUAGGAUGAAAAAAACUGUCUCUGUAUUAUUUUGCUUUCUAGGAUGUUCAGGUAUACAGGUACUACAGAGACUUAAUCAACUUUAAAAGCCGUGGAGACCCUUCUUCAAUGCUUAAAUGUAUCAAUCCAAGAGAGGUAUUUUGAUUUUGAAAUGUGGUAUAUUUUAAAAUUAUCUCUUGCGCUUUGUUCAGUUUAAAAUUCUGAUCAUCUGCCUGACCACUUAAUCCCCAGUGUCUUUAAUAAAAUCAUUGGUAAACAGCUCAGUGUGUCCUAUUGAGUUAUGGUUGCUUGCGGGAGGGGGUUGUAGUUUUGUCAUGAAUAUAAAAACACUACAGUCCAUUUGUGAAGUUUUGCUAAAUCUAAUUAUUAUUUAACUGACAUAAAUUUCCAAGAAGAAACCACUGAUUACCUACUUGAAGCUCCUCCUUAAUAUAAUCUUCUGCCAAAAUGUUUAAAACCCAUUGCUGAGGCCCUCUUAGCAGGGGUAACCUAGUAUGUCCGAGUCUGAAUUUCAAAUACAUAUACAGUAAUUUCUCGUUUUGAGGAGAAUGCCAUGUCCUUGUCAGUAUUGAACCCAUCUUUAUGUUUGUAUAUCGCCAUUUCACCCGGUCGUAUGUGUCUGUUUCAAGGCCAUGUUGCUUGUUGGAAUUUAACCCAACGGGGCCUCAUUGUCAAAACCCAUUCGACCUGCGGUUCCCUCCAGAUGCCCAAAAUAUACAUUUUUAAGAAAUGUUAUUUUUGGGAUCUUGUUAAUUAAAUGAAUUCUUUUUUCACAUUAUUUUUCCCUAUAGGCUGAACUCUUAGAUGCUGCUGCUGGAGUCCAUAUAAAGUUUAGGCUGGCAGGAGUGAGUACCCCUAAAUUUAUACAUAAAUCAAUGGAUUUAUCGAUCAAUCAAUCAAUCAAUCAAUAUAUGAGAAAAAAAAUAAUGAUUUAAAGGUAGCACAUCCACUUAGUGGUUCUUCAUCUACCUGAUUCCUGGUCAAAUUGGAAAUUAGAAAUGUUUGGUUUUUGUGGAGAGGGGAAAACUGGGGUAACUGGAGAAAAACAUUUCCAACGAAAGGAGAGAACCAAAAACAAAACCCCUGGGUGUUCUAAAAAAGAGGCUCAAGACUCAGGGCUGUCACUAAAGGUCAGAACUGGGGAUUUCCCCCCUCUCCUCAGCUACUAUGAGCGUGAACCCAGCUACUUUCAUCCUCCUAGCUGUUCGUUUCCCUGCCUACCUUUUGCAUAUACCCUGCAACUUGACAGCAAACCUUGUGUGAUGAGCGUGACAAUAGUUCUGUUUGAAAAUAAUUUCCGCCAAACUUCACCGUCCUUUUAAAAGAUCUUUUUGUAACAGAUCAAAACACAGUUAUAUCAAUUGAACAUGACAAAAAACAUGCAGGUAAUAGGCCUGUCACGUUUGUCACACACAAGUGUUCUGCCGUCUUCUUCUUUGUGCCGUCCUAAUGUGUAAGCUCACUAAUAUGGACUGGGACAUGAACGGGGCCAUAGAAAGUGUCCAUAUUAACAGGGCGUCCGUUUUAAGCGGUUAGUAUUUCAAGAAAAUAUGAGGGCUUUUUUUCUCCAGGAAUAAAACAAACUGUCCAUAAUAAUGAGGUGUCCGUAUUAAGAAGGGUUUGACUGUAAUGUCACAGUAUCUUAUUAUUGACAGCUGUCAAAUUCUAUAUUUUUGGACUUAUUACAGUGGCUUCAAGUACAUUGUCUUUAUUUAAUUUGGUUUUGGCAAUUUUUUUUUUUUCUUCCAGGAAAAGUUCCCUCCCAAUAUCUACUACAAGAUUUUUACUCAUCGCAACAUUGUAGACUUGUGUGCUAAUGCCCCAAGAGAUUACACUCAAGCAACAACAAAACGGCCUCCAGUGGAAUUUAUACACAACAAAGGAAUUAAUGCUGAAGAGGGUGGGUACAUAAAGACAUAUGUAGACUGCGAGUAGUCUUUCUUUUUCUUCAGAUUUAGUGAGGGGAGUGCACAAGUGCAGGCUCCGUGUUGAGCUGCGAGACGCGUUUUGCUCCACGGACCAAGAAAAAGAGAGACCACUCGUAGUCUAAGACAUAUGUAUAGAUGUCAUUAUAUCAGGAAUGGUAAUGAGAACCUCAAAAAUAAGAAUUAAUAAUCAAAACAAUGUUUUUGCAUGUGCAUCACAAUUUUUUGUACAUUUUGUGUGGUGUCACUGCUUAACUGCAACAUGAAAUUUCCUAAUUUCACAUUAGAGAGGUUUAGCCUUAAACGUGAUUCUAAAUCUUUCUAAUGACUUUCCUUUUCUCUUUCUGACCUCAGUUAAAUUCCUUAAGGGGGGAUGGGGGGGCUUUGUAGCGAAGCGUCCGGCCUGUAGAAAUCACUGCCUGCAGAGUACAAACCCAGCUAAUGCAAGAACCUAAUAAGAAUCAUGACAAGUUAUAUUUAGGAGGUUUUGGUUAAGAAAUUGAGGGAGGGUGUUAACGUUUGGGCUCAAAGAAUGGGAAUUAUCCUCGAAUAAAUGGCCUGGUUUAAGGCGGUGCUUAUUUGAAUUUUGCACUUUCCAAAACCUAAUUAUUGAUAUAUAUUACAUUUAGCACAGCCGUUUUCAUGAUUGAAGCGGCCAUCACAUUACACAUAGUCUUCAACAGAACAGAAGAUACAUGUAGUUAGUGUGUGGUGCUAUCCCAUCAAUAAACUGUGACAAGUAUUUAAAAAGUCUCUUGUUUUGUAGAUAACAGAACUGGCUGGUAUCAAAGAUGGGAGAAUAAUGGCUGGAGACUGGUGUCUGACCGAAUAAUGAAACAAGUUGAUCAGGAUCCUGUUGUUUAUGAGUCAGCUCUUAAAAAAGAACAGUUCAGUUAUAAUAAGGUACUGUAUGGGGUUCUUUCUGUUUACACAAACCGACAGGAAAAAAAUGUUAGGCUAUAUUUACACUAUUCCACAGGGUACCCAACGACGGUUUCCUCAUAAACACUUCGAAAUUGCUUUUAAGGUUAUUCAGAGUACUUUUAGAUCUCUAGAAAUGCAUUCUAAAGAAUGCUACAAAAUCUGUAUCUGUUCGGUCAUCCUAGGGGAACUUAAGGCUUUUCGAAAUUACAAGGGCUUCAAUUUUAUAUUUCCCGAAAAUUUUAAAUGUAAUUCGAAAGUGAGAUUUUUUCUGAUUCCUUAACUUCCUUAAUGUAAAAUUUUUAGGCUUCCUUUUUCACGAAAAAUAGCCAAAUCUGGGGAGUGUAAUGUGAAAAAUUAAACUCCUGAAAAUCGUAGGGGAUUUUUUAGAUAAGCUUCGAAAAUUCUACGUGAAAGGAACGGUCAUCGAGAAAAUUUUUAGCUUUCUCCAAAAAGUAGAAACUUCUAGGCAAUAUUUGCUUAUCCGAACAGAUAUUCUACAGAAAACAGUCGUUGGGUGCCCCUGAUACCCGGCAUGAAAAUCAUACCAGUUACGGCUUCUGUUCACGCAUACGAACAGUCAAUUCGGCGCGAUUCCUGUAGCGGAACGAAUCUGCACCGCGCCUAGUCGGCUACUAAGCCGUUUCUACUGUUGCGUGAUUACACUGAAAACAGCUGUGUAGCAGACUACGCCGCGCCGAUCACGAAAGUUUUGGUACAGUGUGAACAGAUAUUCGGACCGUUGCGGAAGUGAAUAAGUAGAAGCGAGGACUGGAAUCCACUGACACGGAAGUAUAUAUUCAGGAGUGAGGACUGUUAGUUGACCAGACCCUCUUGGCCAACCGCGCCGGCACAGUGUUUUGAUGUGCUUCGAUCUGUUUGAACGAUUUGUUCUAGUUCUGUGCCGUUGCUAUUCAGUGUGAACAAGCCUCAGACGCAAACAUCCAUAUUAUAUUUUGUUAAAGCUCUUCUCCUGGAAACUGCAAACUAUUUUAUUUUUAAGGUAAAUUUUUUUUUGUGCAGGUUAUUAGAAAACAGGACCUUGAGAGAAAACGGAAAAGAAAGAAAGUGGAGUGGAUGAAGAAAAUGUAAUUAUUGAAUUCUGAGUAUUUUUACCACCUACUUUCCGGUCAGACCUUACUCGUGGUUUCCAGUAAAGCAUAUUCAUGACCAUUGACCGCGGCAGUGUUUGCUCAGUCGGUAGAGCGUGUGACUGCAGAGCGGGAGGUCGCGGGUUCGAUUCCCGGUACCGGGACCAACACUCAGGGUGUUAAAAUAACUGAGAAGUGAAGGUACUCCCUUUGCACCGCAAGCGGCGAGACCUUCGCGUGACUCGGAUGACCACGUAAAAUGACUGUUCAGUCUCCAGUAGGAGAUGUAAAAAUAGUGUCCCCAAUUAGUACUUUGGUGCAUUUCCUUGGUAAAUAAACGACGACUCCAUGUUUUUACUUUUUUAAAUUAUUGGCUGAUAGAAGAAACAAACGAGUAAAAAAUUACAACAACGACAACAUCAAUCAAAGAACAACAGCAACAACAAACUAACUCUUGGGGAAACCACUUUUGCAUGAUCUUGCUAGCAGUUUUUUUAAAGUAGCCCAUGAAAAAUUUUCAAGGAUGUCUUUGUCUAAGUAUAGAUAGGAAGGAAGAAAACACAAAACUGUUUUAUGUAGUCUCCUGUUUUCUUUGCUUGAGACGUCCUCAUGCAACCUUCACCGCGGUCAGAUAAGAGAAAUUUGCAAAAGCUCAGCAAAGUACUUCAAUGCUCAGGUUGUUCCUUUAUUUGUUGAAAAUGGAAUGUAUUUCCAUGCAACAGGCUUUUAAUUUACUAAACUCUUUGAAAGUUUACUUAAAACGUUCCAAGUGUAUAAAAACCGAAAAAGUGUGUUACUACUAGACUUUCCUUGACGCGAAGCUCAUUAUUUGUUAAAAAUUGCAAAGAUUGUCAAAUUAACUUAUUCUUUGACCGCGGUGGAACGCACUGUCCUUUAAAUAUGUAUAAAUCACAAAACCAGAAGGUUCUCUCGACUUUUUCACACCCAGAAAGUGCACGUGUUAACUCUUUUGGACCUUUUUACCGACCGAAAUGACAAAUUUCCCGACCAUUGAACAUUGCCACAGGUCAGGAAAUGGUCAGGGCAAAAAAAAUUGUUCAAGGUCAGGGAAUUGUCAGGGAAUUUCAAUUUUUUAGUGAGGGAAUAUUAAAGUCUUCGAACGGAGUCAGGGAAAAGCGAAAUGUUAAGAGUGCAUAUUUUUAUUUUAGUCUUUUUCCUCUACUUUUAUUGUUUUCUACUGUUUGAUUUUUUUGUACAUUUAACGGACAUGAAUCUUGUUGUAUUGGUAGAAUAUUGUUCAUCAGAGAAUUUGAAUGAUAAGCUCAUUUUGGGUUUUCAAGAAAAUCAAUCCUUUUUGCAUGUCACAUGUAAAUAUUAACGAACUAUCAAUUCGUGUACACUGCACGUGACUUGCUGAAAGCAUGAAUGAACGGGUGAAGAGGAUGCUGUGAGGGAAGAGUUGAGUCCAUUAUCAGGACUUAUUUGUGAAAUUGUUAAUUCAGCUGGUCAGGGAGAUUUUACAUUGGCCAGGAAAAAGGCAGGGAAUUUCAGAAACCUCUGGCUUUGGCAACCAUGCCUACCCUUUAUAUACAUCAACUAGUGAAAUCUCUACCCUUUGUAUACUUUAAGCCUCAAAAGGUACCCCUUUCAGGCGGAGCCUCCCAGUAUAGGCCAUUAUCGGGAGUACCCUCCCCCAGGGCUGAAACCCCACCAGUUACACAGACUAACCCACUCUACCUUGUGCACAGGUACAAGGAAGGCAUGUUGAGGGCCAGACAGGGAGAUCCGAAAACUGAGCAAGUGGUACAGUCAGUAGCUGAAGGAAUGCUUACUAUCACAGACACACGGGGGCAGGAUGCUGUGGAAGAUUGGGAAGUGGAUGAACUGCUGGAAUGGACUAACGGAUUGAACUUUGACCAGUAUGUAAAAGCACUUUUAUUAACGCGACUUUUGGUUUUUCCGGCGGGUAUGGUAAUAUUUCCAAGACUCCUUCCAACACAUCUGAUAUCUGUUAAUAUUUCUAGGAAAUUCAUCACCCGAAUUACUUUAACUAUGCAAGACAGAGUCAAGUUGUGUUGCAUGUAAGUCGAAGGUAGCAGAUAGACGCUGGAAAGGAAAAUGGACUCAAGAAAAACAGAGCGCGGCGCGCGUUUCCUCAUUAGAAAAAUCGCAACUGAUUCUGCUGUAGACUGUUCACAGUCCCCUAUUUUUUCGUAAGGUCGUCAGGAUCGACCGCUUAACAGUAUGGACGGCCAUCUUGGUUUCAUAUGUACCCUGGGGGCUGGCGUCAGGGUUUAAAGCGAUAGGGGGAGGGAGGUAGUUUUGACUCUCAUCCAAGAUGGCUGCCCGUUACGCAAAGCGCUCGAUCUGGACGAAAAAAUAGGGGACUGUGAUCAGUCUAAUUCUGCUGCCAGCAAAAUUGUCUUAAAAAAGCUUCAGUCUUCGCUGAUAUUGCUUGUCGUUACCAUAUGAAAGGGCUUUAGAGAAUUUUUACGUAAGUAUCAUUAAUGGUUAUUUCACCCUUUUUAGAUAUCUUUAUGACUGGAAAGAAGUUGCUACAAGUGCUGGUUCAGAGUAUUUAUCAGGUCAGUUUUUAGACAGACUGUAACCCUGGCAACAACUAAGUUAAUAAACCAUUUUGAAUUCGCUGCCGUAAAACAAAACCACUGAGAAAAGGCACAACCUAAACAGUCCAUAUUUUCUGCGUAGUCAAGAAUGCGCCAACAGUGAAACAAAAUGUCUGGAGCGAGGCUGAAAACGGAGGCUAGUGCGCUCGGUUCUGCAGUCCAGCCACAACCUGGCAAUGUAACCUAUAAGUUCUUGGAACAAGUACACGUGACCGGCGUGAAGGGCGGGAAACUCGUGCAGGUUACUAUUACUUUUGAUGUUAAUCCUGAUCGGCCGAUUGAGUGUCGGAAGAUUUUCUUUAGCCAAUCAAAGAGCAUAGCCAUACAAAAACAAAGCGAUCGCAAAAUUUGCUAGUCAGGGGAAAGAGAUGUUUUUGAGUUCUGACAACGGGCUUCAGCUCGUUAAAACAUUAGGGCCAUUUAUACGAGGAAAAAUAAGACGCGUCUUACAUAAGACGCGUCUCAAAUAGGACGCGAACUUUCCGUAUAAACGGCACAUUUCGUCCAAAAUAAGACGCAGCUUAGCUAAGACGCGUCUUAUUAGAUAAGACAUGCUCGUAUAAAUGGUACAGUUCGCGUCUUAUUUAAGACGCGCCUUAUUUUUCCUCGUAUAAAUGGCUCUAUUAUCUUUGAAAUUUUGUCACGGUGGCCAAUUCUCCUAGUGAACUUGUCAACAAAACCAUUUUCUUGUCCACCGCGAUUCUUCUCUUAAAACUUUUGUAUCAAAACCAAUGUGUGUUUAAUCUGGUUUUGUUGAUGCUGUUGUUAUUGGAGGAUUUUCAGUAAAUUAUUAUUUGGUGAUAUUCUUUGUUUUUCCAGAGCAAACCAAGUUUCUGCCCGAUGACCCCUUUUCGCUAACGUUGAUGUCCAGAUAGCAGCGGUUUUGGCUUUUUUUUGUGUAUCGCGUUCAUUUGUCUUUCAAGUGUGCGUGUGUGUAUGUUUUUCUUAAAUAUUAGUAUUAUAUAAAACCGUUUUUCAGAAUGCACUGUAAAUAAAUAUCAUGCAAAGAUAGACUAAUAAAUUGUUAGGAUUGCUUUUAUCUCCAUAUUUCGUAACGCGAAUAACAGCAGCUAUUACGUGGAACUUG